GCUACUGCUGUGCUGUGCUGUGUGUGCCAGUGUUUGUUGUGCAGCAAGCCAGUUGGGCUGUCUGCGAGAGAGUGAACAGCUUGUCUCUCUUCCGCUGGAGCACGUGCAGCCCACCGGAGCAAGAUGAACUUUGGCAAGCGGGAUCUUGGUCUGGUGCUCUCAGAGACUAUCGGAGAUGCCGAUACCUUGCGCUUUACCAAGGACUCGAGCGAGCUGAGUGGCAAGCAAGAAACCUUCAAGCCCAAGCGAGACCCUUCCAGGAAAGUCCACAUCCAUCGCGCUGGCCAGCGUCCUGCGGGGGCCAACGAUGAAGAGAAGGUGGAAGCGCCGCCUUCGAAGCCGAGGAAGGGCGAAAGCAGGGCAGCCCUGGAGCGUGCGCGCGCGAAGAUUAUGGAAGAAGGCCGGCCGCGGUCAAUCCGAGAAGCGCAAGUCCUUGACAGCGACAGCGACAGCGAUGACAGUGGGCCUGUCUUCGGAGGUCGUUCGGAUGAUGAAGCCGAUGGGGAUGUGCCCUAUCGCCCUACGGGGGAAGCUGCAGGAGCAGGGCAGGUGGAAGAGGAUGAGGACGACGAUGCCAUUGCAGCUCGCCGGGCGCGCAUCAGGGAGCGGCUAAGGGCCCGGCCAACCGAAGAGGCAGAGGUGCUGGAGGUGGAGCAGGACGAGAUGGCCAAGCCUGAUGAAGAGUCGGAAUCGACGGAGUGGGAGACGGAUACAGAUGCGAGUGACGAGGAAGAAGGGGACGGUGAACAGGUGCUGAAGCCCGUAUUUGUUCCGAAGGCAAGACGAGAGACGGCCGUGGAAAGGGCCAGACUGGAAAAGGAAGAGAAGGAAAAAGAGCAGAAGAGGAAUACAGAGAAGGUGACAGGCUGACUCAAGACGAGGUGUUUGCGGACGAUAAAAGUCCGCACGCACUUGCUUUUUUCAGAUGGCAGUAGAAAUCAUGGUGCGAGAGAGAGAGAGAGAGCACGUCGGACUCUAGGGCCGCGAGCUGGUGUAAGCUGCAUGUGAACAUGUUUGUCGUGCACGAUCUGUGGAGUCCCCUCACACUGUUUGCUGUGGUGCUGCAAUCGACCACAGGAAAACCGGAAACGGGAGACGAGACAACUGGCCGCACAAGUAGUUCGGCGAGAGGAGGAGAUGACAGAAAACCACCUUGGCGACAACGAAAGCGAAGGCGACGCCCCAGACGACGAUGACGACCUAGACGAGGAGCUGGCGUUCGAGGAAUGGAAAGUUCGCGAGCUGAGCCGGGUUAGAAAAGAGAAGGAAGAGCGCGAAAGCGCGAUUAAGGAGCGUGAGGACACCCUCAGGAGGCGGAACAUGACGGAUGAUGAGCGCCGGAUGGAGGACAUGAUGCUCGGGAAACACGUCGGGAAGGACAAAGGCACCAUCAAGUUCAUGCAAAAGUACUACCACAAGGGCGCCUUCUACAUGGACGACGACUCGCUCAAGGUGGAGGACGACGUGCGGCGGCGGAGCUACAACGAGCCAACCCUGGAAGACAAGUUCGACAAAACACAGAUGCCGAAGCCUAUG